GUGGGGCGUUUGUUUCACAGGAACUGCACACUCAGCACCCAGGAGGCAGCGGAUGGAUCCAAUAAAAACGCAGUAGGACUUCCCGACGCGCAAUUUCUUAUGCUCAGGAAGAACCGAGUGAACUGCGAGUGUCGUGUGUGUUGUUCAGGCUUUUGCAAGGAUAAAAAAAACUUUCUCGCACAACUCUGUAGAACAUAUCAGAUAAUGUAACUGUUGCGUUCUGAAUCAUUUCCCCCAAGUCAGCAAAAGCAGCGCGUAAUUUGGCACACUUUUACGCUCUUUGUCCGCUUCGUCGCCUGCGUAAUUACGCAUCACAAGGACCUCGAUCGUUGUCAGGGCCACACUGCAAAAAAAAACGCGUCCACCUCAACUCAUCGUUUUCUGCAUUCACAUCCGCUCCGUAAAUGUGCUGCUGCUGUGCGUAAAGCUGCGUUUCCAGUAAAUAGGCGGGUUCCCACUUUGAUGGCACAGUUUAAUCCACUUUCUUGGACUGUAAAACUCCCCCUUUUCAAAAUCUCGGUGUGGUAAUUUCUUGCAGCGUUCGCAGAAGAGGACCCACGUCAUUCUGUGAGACAACUCCCCCUUUUUUUCUUCCUCUCCUGCGCCUGGCUGGAGCUCAACAUCCUCCCGUUUUUGGAACGACUGGAUAAAAGGAGUUUGGAGCAGGAGCGCUAGCAUGAUGACCGGGUUCAGGCUCAACUUGUCGCCGCUGAAGGAGCCGCUGGGCUUCGUCAAACUGGUGGAGUGGCUCACGGCCAUAUUUGCUUUUGGAAGCUGCGGCGGCUUCUCGGGGAAGAACAUCGUGUCCCUGUUCUGCGGCGACGGCAGCAACGAAACGCUCACGGCCAACUUCCACUACCCGUUCAGGUUGAGCCAGUUCCCGCUCGUUGAGGGAAACAGCACCAUUUGCAACCGCUCCGUCACGACCACACACUUGGUCGGGGACUCCGCGUCCUCGGCGGAGUUCUUCGUGGGCAUCGCCACCGUCUGUUUCCUGUACAGCAUGGUGGCCCUGCUGGUUUAUUUAGGCUACAUGCACGUCUACAAGGACUCUGACUUUGGACCCAUUUUUGACUUUGUUGUCACCGCGGUUCUCGUCUUCCUGUGGCUGGUGUGCUCCUCCGCCUGGGCCAAGGGCCUGCAGAACGUGAAGGACGCCACGGACACGGACGGCGUCAGCGCCACGCUGGCGCUCUGCAGGGGCAGCAACAUAACCUGCGAGGUCACAGACUUCGCCAACCUGAGAACCCUCAACAUCUCUGUGGUGUUCGGUUACCUCAACAUGUUCGUGUGGGCAGGGAACGCCUGGUUCGUGUACAAGGAGACUCGCUGGCACUCUCAGAAAUUCUCUUCCCAGUCCGGACCAGGAAGGCAACAGGUCCCUGCUCCCAUCUAACGCACAGUACACGUACAGCGACGCACAACACACAAAUACCAACACACAAAGACACAACAAUUGACACACACCAGUCACACACAUUCGGACAUACAUGUGCUAUACACGUAUAGACAAAUGUGCACGCAGACAUAAAUACACUUACACACAUGCAUAACAUUUUCUGUGAAUAUGAUAUAGACAGACAAAGGAUUUGGAAGAUAAAGGUGCUACAUGUAAUUAUUGUAGUUUAAAACAUUUAGAAAAUAAAGAAAAUUAUCAACUCAUUUUCAAGAAAUAAGACGUCCAAGUUCUGUAUUCGAGGGACGUCCACUGGUUAGCAUGCUAACUAGACAGUCACCGCCAGAUAGGAAAGAUAGCAUCGUACCAGUGGCUUCAAAUCGUUCUAGGGAGGGGGGGGGGUAAUCCUAUGUAAGUCUCUUCCAAGACAACAAUAACAAUGGUCCAUAUUCCCGUAGAUCAUCAUCACAAGCAAUUAGUAAACAUGAAAUACAAAGGAUCUAUAUUUUAAUAUAGCGCCACCUUAAGGGCAAGAAACCACAUUCUGCCUUAAAGAAAAAAAAUGAUAUGAGAUUGAAGUUGUUGGCAAAUCAAGGAAGGAAGUUUGGUGCUGGACUUUUCUUCUAGACUGUUUAGUGAAUAGCUAUGCAGCCAUAGUAAACACUUACAUACAGCACCUGUAAUGUCUUCACAUGUGCCUUUAUUUGUACCACAUACUAUAGAUAUAAUAAUGCAAAUAGUGAAAACGUGCCUUGUUCCAACUAUUCCGAGGCGGUUUCUCAUGCUUUAGGAAGCAACACAUGCUCAGACGAUGAUCUAUAGCAUUGUUGUUGCUCGUCUUUAUGAAGUGAGGGUUUCUUCCAUCUCUGGUUAUUAUACUUGACUACAUGCUGUUUAAUGUAAGGUACUUUAAACUCUAAUGUCAUCGCCACAAUAAGGACAAUGUGAUGAAGGUUUUCAGGGUAACACAGAGGCUGGUAAUAUUCAAAUCCUUAUUACCUUUCAACCAUUUCAGAUCAUUGAAAUUCACAAAUAUUUCAUAAAUUAAAGGCUGUGAAAUUUAGUCAUACACUCGCCUUGGUGUUAAAUCCUGUUGUUUUGCACUUGUUCUAUAUUUUUAGAUACCAAAGCACUUGUGUAUGCAGAGAGUGACUCACUCAUGUUCAUUCAUUCUUUGCUUUUCAUUAAUUGGAGUCCUGUUUGCCACAGCGGUGGUUAUCAGGCAUGGAAAGACUAAACUAGGAUUAUUGUCUCUAGUACAUUGAUCUGGUGAAUGUAUAAAAGCUUUUAUUCUGAAAUGCUGUUCCUCUGUAAGGUAAAUCAAUACGUUCAAGCAGACUUGUUACAUUUUUAAGCUUUAAGAUGCAUGAAUUGUCCUCCAGUCCAAAUAUUAUGAACAUUUAGUGUUUUUCUUUUCACGACAUGCUUACGCACUCGAAUGCUGUUUAAAAUGCUUUUAUAUCGUCCUCGGAAAGCACAGGGAGAGUGUUAUGUCAUUAGGAAAUUUUGACUGAGAGUUAUUUAGUUCACAUGCCACUGUGUAUAUGUGCAAAGUUAGACAAUUGAAAAAAUCCUGUGAUGGUUUUGUUGUAUUAAGAGUGCACCUCGAUGUCGGUUGCCAUCCGCCAAAAAAAACAAAGAAGUUUGUUAAUUUGUUUCUUCUAUGUUGAAAUUUGUCGUGACUUCAUCAUGCAUUUUUACUCUAAUUUCAUCCGUCUCUUCUUUCCUUUUUUCCAAAGUAACAUUCUCUUUUUGUGUUGAUGUUAAAUCGAUCACGUCUUCUUCUUUUUUUUAUUGUCUAGUUUCUUUAAAUCUGUCAGGAGACACGAACAGUGAGCUUGUGUUUCCAUUUUUUACACCUUUAUUUUUCCUACUCAGUGUACGUAGAUGGUUAGAAUGAGCCGUUUAUAUUUUAUUUUUGAUCUGUUUCCUGUGUAGUGAAACUGUACGUUGGACGGUGUCGCUGAUUCUCUGAAGGACAAACGAAAAUGUAUCAGUGUGUAACUGUGUGUGUGUGUGUGUGUGUGUGUGUGGUGUACUGGUUAUGCUGCUGCACUUUUGUAAUCAUCACUCAACACACUCUUAGCUUUGUCAAUGAUUCCAAUGACUUUAAAGGAGACCUCUUGUGCUCGUCAUGCUCUCAAACUGGGGGCACCGGGAGUGUUUUGAUUUUCCGGCAGUACCAAAACACCAACUGUAACUCAGUACAAAUGCUGCCCGCUCUUCCUCCCUCCUCUCGGCCCAGGGCCCCCUCUGCUGUGGACUGGGGAUCUGGAGCCGUGCACUUCGUUUACAAUCACUUAAAAAACAAUGCAACCCACUAGAGGACUGGGAAAGACUGAGAAAGCAUAAUAGGUCUCCUUUAAACUGCCUUAUCCAAGAGAGACACAUACACUCUGUGACAUGACCAAUUUCAAUGUACAUUUGUCUUUUUCAAUAAAAAAGUAUGAUUUUUUUCAUAAA